AAAACUUUUGUUUUAAAAGUAAUUCUUUUUAGGUUAUGUGGCUGCAAGUAAACAGUGUAAGGAAUAUUCUAGCAUGAAAGGAUCAGGGAUAAGUGCAAAACCUGAAAAUCAUCUCUUUUUUCGAAAACUAGGACCUGUUAUUAAACAAACGCUUGAGAAAUGCGAGAGAGAGAACGGAUUUAUAUUUCAUCAGAAAGUACCUGCAGAUCCAGUACCAUUAGAAAUUAAAGCUACAUAUGGACUUGUUAGUCCUGAAGAAUUUAAGCUACCAGAUAUCAGUCCUCUUUGGACACCUGUUGCAUAUGCUGCAUUUGAUUUUUCAAAAGUCAAUCCUGAUGACCCUGCUAAUACAAAAUCAGCUGUUAAUGCAGAAGGCAAACUCCCUCCUGUUAAAGAAGUCAAUGUUCAUCAGACUGCAAAAGAUCCCCAAAACACCAGUGGAUGCAUGUUACAAUAAAAUUGUGAUUAAAAAUUACGUCCACUGUGUAUAUUAAUAUAUUUUUAUACAUUGAAAAUUAUGUUUGGCUGUGCAUUUUAUGAUAUGUUGUUGAUUUAGUUCAUGAGAUUAGAAUAAUAUAUUCUGUAAAUAUCCAUUCUUUUUAGAUGCAAGUAGUUGAUAAUUCUGUGAUUUUGAAAGCAAAUUUAUGUGUACUGUUAUUGUAGAAGGGAUAUUUUAGGGCACAUAAAUUAAAUAGGUGGUUGUGUUAAAUAGGCACAAAACAGGUGUUUGAAUUCAGCAUCAUCAGUUAAGAGUAGACAUUACCAUUUAUUAUGUAUGCCAGCAGAAUGUAAUAUAACUGUGUUUAAUUGCUUGUACUUAGAGAUCAGAAAUGAGAGAAUUUACCAAUAUAAAUUCACAUUCUAAAUUUGAAGAGCAGCAGUAAGAAAUAAAUAACUUCUAACCAUUAUUUAAAUUUGUGACAUAUGCAGAGUGUAAUCUUAUUCAUAACUAUUUUUUGUACAUUUAUAUUUUUUACUUUUCCCCCUCCCACAUUAAAAGCAUAUAUCGGUCAGCAAGAUUGUUUCUGUUGUAAUGCUUAGCAUUACAGUUAUCAAUCAUUAGUGCGUACUUUCUGCCUAGUGAAAAAUAUCAGGUGAUUUUGAUAGAUUGGUAGCUGUAGUGUUAAAAUUGUGAAAUGCCUGUGUGAGAGGAGGCAUUUAAAUAUGUAUUUUAACUAUGUUAUGUCUAGGCAAUUUGAUGCUGGAAAUUGACAUAAUUAGUAACGUUUUUAAACUGAUUUAGUGACUUGAAUGUAAUUUAUGUUUUAAAUUUCUUUGGGUUUUAUAACUUUUAUAUUUCAUUGAUCAUUUAAAAAUAAAAAAUUCAAGCUGAUUUCUGAAAAGUGAUGUUACAGUGGAGCUGGAUUCCAACUUGUGAGCCUACAACUAUUUCUUAAGUCACUGUUGAAAAUGUCAGUUGCUUUUUACGUGCUUCUUUGUUUCAUAUUGAGCAUGUUGAACUAAUCGAAGUAUACAAAAAUAAUUCUAAAAUUUUCAUUUGAAGUAAAUUUAUAUUUUACUUGAAACUAAAAAAUCUUUUGUUACCUGUAUGAAGUCUAAUUUCUUAUUUGUUGAGGAAUGCUUUUAGGUAAUUUUUGUGUAAAAUUAAAUAUCUGUGCAAUUAAUGUAAUAUUAAGAAAUAAUUCUUUGUAAUUUUCAUUGCAUAGCAUCUGAUUUGUCACAGAUAAUUUAAGUUUUAUUGUCCUUUAUUGUUUCAUGAAAUUGUCAGUUAGGGAAGAAGUAUAAAUAUGCACCUUAUCAGAACCCUGAUAUAUUAUUAACAAAUAGUAAUUAAGAGAAAUUUCUGUAUUGUAUUCAGGUAAAUUAACAUUCCUGAUUUGCCUUUCCUAUAUUUUAAUAUUUUAUGUAUGAAGAAAUGCAGUCUAGUGAGAACUUGGUUAUCCUUCUCUUUUUAAACUGAAUCAUUCAAUCAGAUUGUUUUUGUGGCUGACAGUUCCUGUUAUAUGUCAACCACAAACUAGUCAAGUAGAUGGAAUAAAUCUAUACCCCCCCCCAAAAAAAUGCUGUGUGUGAUAAAGUUAUAAUUUAAAAUAACUUGUAUUAUAUAAUAAAGAAUGCUUGUGUUGUAUCUGUAUACAGGGGGAAAAAAGCUUUUAAAUACUGUUCUAAAGAAUAGUGUUGUACAAAUGAAAUUGCUGUGAAAAAUAUUUACCCCUAAAAAUUAUAUGAGUUCAUAAUUAUCCUAAAAAUUAUUCAUAAAGAGCUAAAAUAUAUCUUUUUUCUUUAUGAAUCUUUUUAUCUUUGAAUAAUUUUCCAUGUAAUUUCUAAAUUCAGGUGCCAGUGCGGGAAACUUACCAGAAAAUUCUGUUACAAGUUAUUAUUUUAACUAACUUUUUAGUAACUGAAAUAUUGGAAAAUUUUCUUGAUAAUCAUGGAUUGUGUAUGGAUUUUUUUAUAUAUACCUGUUGGUCACUGCAGUAAGCCAAAAAAUACAAUAUUGUUUUCAACUUUAAAUUAAAUUGAUCAUAAAAUUACUCUGAAAGAAUAAGAGGUACUUAAUAUUUAGCAUGUUUUGGGGAGAGAUUAUUGUGGAUUAAUCUUAAAUAUUUUUUUCAACUCUUUAUGAUGGUAUACAGAGAAUCAUAAUGUGGCCAGCAAAAGCCAGAAGACUGAUUAGAUGAUCAAAUUUUCUAUGUGUCUGAUUAUUGUUUUUAUAAUUUCAGAAAUACUUACUGUAAUCACUUCAGUUUUUCUCAAAAUCAAAAUGAUUAACUUGCUUUGUGCAUUGAGAUAAUUGUCUAUUUACAUAGUGGCUCUUAAAAAUAUACUAUGUAUGUUGGGUUUUGUGUGUGCGUGUGUGUGUGCAUUUUUGGAAAUUUUAUUUACUGUUAAAUUUAUCUUCAUAAAAAGUAAAUUCAACUUUCUGUGCUACAGAAUGUGAAAGAUAAAUCUGCAUUUUGUUAAAAAUAAAUAUUAGUCUUUAUUCUAAUAAAAUCGUAAAUGAUCCUCUGUACAUGGUUAGAACUGUUGUUUUAUCAUUUCGUCAUUUUAAUUAUGUAUAGUGACAUCUUCAGAUGCAAAACUGCUUUCCUUCUUGUUCAGAAUGUACCCAAAUUAAGCUUUGCAGGUAAUUUAAAUGUGCUUUUUCUGUUGGCUGCAAUAAAGCAAAUUUUAUAAGAG